UUUACAGUCGGAAAAAGAAGAAACUCAGUAAGAGCACCGCACCGCAGGGGAUUUGAUGCGAAGAAGACGAGAAGAUAAAACGAUUGAAACCCAGAAGAAAACGACAAGAAUGCUUGCAGUAUGGUGAGGAGUAGCAGAUAAUGGCGGGCAUGGUGAGAGCGACGAAUUCACUGACAACCGUCAGAUUGGAAGCAACGAGUACCGGUAACGGUACGCCAGCUCCAGAGAAUCUGAACCCACCGGCAGCGGCGAGUCCACUUCUCUCGGUGGUCCCGAAACCGUCUUGGGUCGUCAGAACUGAGUCGAAUGUCCGGAAACAACGCAUAAUGAAACCAGAUCCGCCGUGCGUUGUCUGCAGAGGAAGCGGUAGAGUUGAUUGCCACAGCUGCAAUGGAAGCGGUCGGACAAAUCACGCCCAAUUGGCAAUCCUUCCUAAAGGAGAGUGGCCAAAAUGGUGCCGGAGUUGUGGUGGAAGUGGUCUUGGGUACUGCAACCGGUGUCUUGGAACAGGAGAAUACAGGUACAUAAUGGGAUUCAAGUUUAUGAACAAGGAGUCUGAUCAACUCCAAGAUAACCAAAUAUAUCAAGUUCGUCGUAAGAUGGGCUCACAUUCAUUCACGGAGCUACUGCUGAAUGAUGACCAGUUGGAUUCAGACGGGGAGAGGUGAACUAUGAUGGUACUUCCCCUGGUUUUCUGUUUGUGGAAGGUGGUGGUAGUUUGGGUACUGCUCUAUGGCAACCUGCGUCUGUACAUGAACCCUCAUAAAAAAUUCUAGAAACCUCAAUUUCUCCAAGUUUCUCUAAAGUCUUCCGUGCAGUCGCCCUUUUAA